AUGGAUAGAAAUCAAGAAAACCAGACAAUAAGUGCCGAAGAUUUUGAAAGCUUUGCUUCUGGAUUUGCAAAUGAAGCUACAGGCACUAACAGGGGCAAUAAUGCUUUCAAUAUGACCGAAUUUAUGACUUCAAUUAACCAGGUUAUGAAUCAAAACGCAAUGGUGUUACAGGCUCUUAUGAAUAAUCAGCAGAAUCAAAUUCCUCAGCGUAAUUAUGCAGUUAUACCCGAUUUUUCAAAGACUAUUUCAGAUUAUGCUGGUGAAGAUUUGGACAAAAGCAAAUCUUGGCUUGAAUCCCUCGAAAGUGCUGCUACACUCCACCAUUGGCCAGAUGAGUUUAUUUUGGAGACGGCUAGAUCGAAGCUUACUGGUGCGGCUCUACAUUGGUAUGAAGCACGAUGA